UGGGCUGGGCGGCGCGCGGGGAACUUUCGCGCCGGCUGCGAGUGCGGGGCCCCGGCUGCGGUCCGGCUGCCAUGGAUCCGCCGGCGGGAGCCGCUCGCCGCCUGCUCUGCCCCGCUCUACUGCUGCUGCUACUGCUGCCGCCGCCGCCUCUCUUGCUGCUGCCGCCGCCGCCCGCGAGCGCCCGGCUCGUCGCUGCCACGGAGACCCCAGGCGGGCCCCCGUGGCACGGAGCCGAGCGCAUCCUGGCGGUGCCGGUGCGCACUGACGCCCAGGGCCGCUUGGUGUCCCACGUGGUAUCUUUGGAGACAGCCCGGGCGGGGGUACGUGCCCGCAGAGCUGCCCCGGUCCAGACCUCCGGCUUGCCCGGAGGCGCUGAGCAGGACCCUGGAGGACGCCUCUUCUACAACCUCACAGUAUUCGGCCGAGACCUGCACCUGCGGCUGCGGCCCAACGCUCGGCUCGUGGCUCCCGGUGCCACUGUGGAGUGGCAGGGUGAGACGGGUGACACCCGAGUGGAGCCUCUGCUUGGGACCUGUCUCUACGUUGGAGACGUGGCAGACUUACCUAAAACCUCCUCGGUGGCGCUCAGUAACUGUGAUGGGCUGGCUGGCCUGAUCCGGAUGGAGGAGGAGGAGUUCUUUAUCGAGCCUCUGGAGAAGGGUCAGACGGAUCAGGAGGCUGAACAAGGCCGAGUGCACGUGGUAUAUCGCCGACCGCCCACUCCCAAGCCCCCUCCUGUGGGCGGACCACAGGCUCUGGACACAGGAGCCUCCCAGGGCAACCUGGACAGCCUCAGCAGAGCCCUAGGUGUCCUGGAGGAGCGCAUCAACAGCUCACGGCGGAGGGUGCGUAGGCACGCUACGGACGAUGACUACAACAUUGAGGUCCUGCUGGGUGUGGAUGACUCCGUGGUCCAGUUCCAUGGGAAGGAGCACGUGCAGAAGUACCUGCUGACACUCAUGAACAUUGUCAAUGAAAUCUACCAUGACGAGUCGUUGGGGGCCCACAUCAACGUUGUGCUGGUGAGGAUUAUCCUGCUGAGCCACGCGAAGUCCAUGAGCCUCAUUGAGAUUGGAAACCCCUCUCAGAGUCUGGAGAACGUCUGCCGAUGGGCUUACCUCCAGCAGAAGCCAGACACAGACCACGAUGAGUACCACGAUCAUGCCAUCUUCCUCACAAGGCAGGACUUCGGGCCCUCGGGCAUGCAAGGCUAUGCUCCCGUCACUGGGAUGUGCCAUCCCGUCCGCAGCUGCACCCUGAACCAUGAGGAUGGCUUCUCCUCGGCAUUUGUGGUGGCUCAUGAGACGGGCCAUGUGCUGGGCAUGGAGCACGAUGGGCAAGGCAACCGCUGUGGUGACGAGGUACGGCUGGGCAGCAUCAUGGCACCCCUGGUACAGGCUGCCUUCCAUCGAUUCCACUGGUCCCGCUGCAGUCAGCAGGAGCUCAGCCGCUACCUGCAUUCCUAUGACUGCCUGCGGGAUGACCCCUUCGCCCACGACUGGCCGGCAUUGCCUCAGCUCCCAGGGCUGCACUACUCCAUGAACGAGCAGUGUCGUUUCGACUUUGGCCUGGGUUACAUGAUGUGCACUGCGUUCCGGACCUUUGACCCCUGCAAACAGCUAUGGUGCAGCCACCCAGAUAACCCCUACUUCUGCAAGACAAAGAAGGGUCCACCUCUGGAUGGGACUAUGUGUGCACCUGGCAAGCACUGCUUCAAAGGCCACUGCAUCUGGCUGACACCAGAUAUCCUCAAACGAGAUGGCAACUGGGGUGCCUGGACUCCGUUUGGCUCCUGCUCACGCACCUGUGGCACAGGCGUGAGGUUCAGGACCCGCCAGUGUGACAACCCACAUCCAGCCAACGGGGGCCGCACCUGCUCGGGCCUGGCCUAUGACUUCCAGCUCUGCAACCCCCAGGACUGUCCCAACUCCCUGGCUGACUUCCGGGAGGAGCAGUGUCGGCAGUGGGACCUGUACUUCGAGCACGGUGAUGCCCAGCACCACUGGCUGCCUCAUGAGCACCGGGAUGCCAAGGAGAGAUGCCAUCUCUACUGCGAGUCCAAGGAGACCGGGGAGGUGGUCUCCAUGAAGCGCAUGGUGCACGAUGGGACACGCUGCUCCUACAAGGACGCCUUCAGCCUCUGUGUGCGUGGAGACUGCAGGAAAGUGGGCUGUGACGGGGUGAUCGGCUCCCGCAAGCAGGAAGACAAGUGUGGUGUGUGUGGAGGUGACAACACCCACUGUAAAGUGGUAAAGGGCACGUUCACAAGGUCACCCAGGAAGCAAGAUUACAUCAAGAUGUUUGAGAUCCCUGCAGGAGCCAGACACCUGCUCAUCCAGGAAGCUGACACCACCAGCCACCAUCUGUCUGUCAAGAACCUGGAGACAGGCAAGUUCAUCUUAAAUGAAGAGAACCACUUGGACCCCAAUUCUAGAUCCUUCAUCGCCAUGGGUGUGGAGUGGGAGUACAGGAAUGAGGAUGAGAGGGAGACGCUGCAGACCAUAGGCCCACUCCACGGAACCAUCACCGUGCUGGUUAUUCCCGAAGGAGACACCCGGAUCUCACUGACGUACAAAUACAUGAUCCACGAGGACUCCCUCAAUGUUGACGACAACAAUGUCCUGGAAGAUGACUCCGUGCGCCACGAGUGGGCCCUGAAGAAGUGGUCUCCCUGCUCCAAGCCCUGCGGUGGAGGGUCCCAGUUCACUAAGUAUGGCUGCCGCCGGAGGCUGGACAGCAAGAUGGUGCACCGAGCCUUCUGCAGUGCCCUCGCCAAGCCCAAAGCCAUCCGCCGAGCUUGCAACCCUCAGGAGUGCUCCCAGCCUGUGUGGGUCACCGGGGAAUGGGAGCCUUGUACUCAGAGCUGUGGGCGAACGGGCAUGCAGGUGCGCUCCGUCCGCUGUAUUCAACCUCUGCACAACAACACCACCCGCUCCGUGCACACCAAACACUGCAACGACCACCGUCCUGAGAGCCGCCGGGCCUGCAACCGUGAGCUCUGCCCUGGGCGGUGGCGGGCUGGGUCCUGGUCCCAGUGUUCGGUAACCUGUGGCAACGGCACCCAGGAACGGCCAGUGCUCUGCCGCACUGCGGAUGAUAAUUUUGGUGUCUGCCGGGAGGAACGGCCGGAGACGGCGAGGAUCUGCAGACUUGCACCUUGUCCCCGAAACAGCUCAGAUCCCUCCAAGAAGAGCUACGUGGUUCAGUGGCUGUCCCGGCCUGAUCCUGAUUCGCCCAUCCAGAAGAUCUCGUCAAAGGACCAGUGCCAAGGCGACAAGUCAAUGUUCUGUAGGAUGGAAGUCUUGUCCCGCUAUUGCUCCAUCCCCAGUUACAACAAGCUCUGCUGCAAGUCCUGCAGCCCGAACCUCGGCCAUGCAGAAGACAGAGGCUCGGAACCUCCCCCGGGGAAGCACAACGACAUCGACGUGUUUAUGCCCACCCUCCCGGGGCCCACUGUGGCUACGCAGGUGCAGCCUUCUCCAGGGCCUCCUCUGGAGGCCCCGCUCAAUGUCUCCAUCGCUAAUGCCACUGAAGAUCACCCAGAAACCAAUGCCGUGGAUGUCCCCUACAAAAUCCACAGCGUGGAUGAAGAGGCCCAGUCUCCCAACCUGAUCCCUCGACGGCCAAGCCCGUACGUAAAGACAAGGAACCAAAGAAUCCAGGAGCUCAUUAACGCGGCGCAGAGAAAAGAGAAGCCGGGAAAGUUCUAAUAAAAAGGAAAGAUUCGCAUCAA